AUGCCGAUCCCGCUGGUCCCAGACUCGGGGACCCCCGACGAGGAGUGUAUGUGUAACUCGGAGGCCUCCGAGUUCCGGAGCAUUGCCAUCGAGGUGCCCCGAGGCCACCUUCAAGAGGUGGAAGAAGGGCUGCAGCAACUCCGUCGGCAGUUCGAAGCGGAGAUCCAAAGCCUCACGGCACGCUUGGGGACCGUCGAAAGACAGCUCGGCGUUCCAGAGAUGCAGAAUACCACCUGUCAAGACGCAUCGCCGGAAACCUGCUCUGCAGACGAGAUGGAAGGUAGAUCUACCCCCGUGCGCUUUGAGGAGAGUGCGUGGAACAUCCCCCUGGUCCUUGGUCUGGCGGAUGUGGGUUGGUUUGACAACGUCUUUGCAGUGCUUCUGGUGCUGCUGAACCUGCUGAUGCAGGGGUCGUUUUCGCAGAUUCUGUUAUCGGAAUACUUUAUGGGUGAACCUUUCGAGACGAAAUUGCAGGAUGCCAAGACGUGGCGGACAAGCAUAGCCCAUGACUCUCGUUACUUGGACUUGGCCGGAACGAGCCUGGUUUCUCGCGUGUGUGCUGGCGAUGGGUCCUUAAUUCUGUCAACUGUCCAGGCGACGCUUGUUGAGCAAAUUAACGAUUUCUUAGGCUUGCAAGCGACAGAAUUCGACUUCAACUUCUGGCAGCCGGGCACUCUCCUGUGCAUGUUGUGUAUUUUGCUGUGGAGCUUGUGCGUGUACAAGGAAUUGAGGAAGAUUUGGCAUGCAUUGGAGGCGGCCACUACGCUUCCAAAGGCCAGCGCGACGGACUUCCGCGACAACACGAUUCACUGCCUGUCCUGGGGUCGUGCCCUGGCACUGCUGAUCACGUACAUCAUCCGCGCAGGCAUCGCCUCCGUGCUGCUGGUUGCCGGAAUUCUAUGGCUGGCAAGGACAACGUCCAUCGAGGAGCUGAUGCUGAACUCGGUCGCUCUGAACGCCAUCUUGGAUGUGGAUGAGUUCCUCUUCGAGGGCAUGACGCCCAUCAAGAUCCAGCACGCGAUACGAAGUGUCGAGCCCAUCAGCGUCAAGUACUCGCACCGGCGUAGCCAGGUGGAGUCCAUGGUGCAUUUUCUGGCGGUGUUAGCCACGGUCCUGGCUUCGUAUCUGUUCCUCCUCGUGCCUCUCUGCGAGACCAUGAUGACAGUCAAACGCGAGCUGUGCGAUGGAAAGAGAGACUUUGUGGUCGCGUACAGCACGGAGACGCAGGUUUCAUGGGGCCUUGGCACAGAGGACAUUGCUACAGUGCGAGCUGCUUAUGAGCUUUCACCUGUCGAACGAGCCGUAAUGUCUUACAAGGGCACUCCUUCGAGUCUGCAGGAAGACUGGGCUCUGACAAUUUAUUUCGGGAAUAGACGAACUUUUGACGCAGACGUUGCUCGCUCGAUUUCAAACCUUGGCAGUCAGUUCCCAUUCUGCAUGGAGACGACUGUUCUAGUGGAAACUGGACAGCUGCAUCAAGAUCCUGCUUUGCAGCCCAUCGCCGACACCUUGCUGUGGAAUGCUGCUUCGGCUCUGGGACGACCGACUGCCAUGACCUGCGCGGAGCUCGCUGAUCUCUGUGGUUUGCCAGAUGCCCGGCUGCUGCGCUUGACCUGCGGCCAGACUUGCGGCUGCACCGACCCAGCAAGCUCUGCAUGGCACAAGGUGCAGCCUCAAGGAUGUGCCGAGACGUGCCUGGCCGAAACAGAAGUCAAGCUUCAAACCGCCUCCUGCGAUGAUGUUAUCAACGAGGCUGGUUGGCAUGCCUUCUGGCAUGAGUAUCAAGGGUGCCCUGCCAUGCAGACUUUUCCGACUGAGCUCUUUACGGGCGUUUCCUGGUGUGACGGCCAGCCGCAGCUGUUCCGCCCUUUGGCCUCCAUGUGCCCAGUCCAGUGUGGCUGCCGCGAUGGACGGCUCGAGACUCCCGACCUCCACGAAGAAAAGCUUGAAGGGGCCUUUGCCUCGGAUCCCUUACGCGCCGAGCUCGUCAAGCGCCUGGCGCAGCCCGAGGCGUUGGAAGUGCUUUCAGCGCAAGCUCGUGUUUGCGUGCUCUGGGCGCUGGCGCGGCUGGGCCUGGCGCCCGCCUGGCUGCCGAAGCUUUUGAGCCUUGGCGCGGAUGCAGCGGUGGGAUUCUCCGGUCAUCAGUUGGCUACAUCCCUGCACAGUCUCGCGAAGCUUGAGGCGUUAGGCCUGGUCCAGCUCCAGAACGAGGAGCCGCAGCGGCUGCUGGAGGCGCUUCAUGUGGAGCUGAGGAGGCGGCAGAAGGCCCUCGGUCCUGGGGCGACAUCAGCUAUGGACACCAUACUCAUCGCAGAUGGUCUGGCAAAGCUUCAGAUUCGCGAUGAUGGCCUGUUCACAUCACUAGCCGCAGCUCUGCGAGCACAUCUCAAUGCGGGUGAGCUCGGUGUGCGGGAAGUCCGCCAUGCGGCAUCUGCUUUCGCCCUCCUGGGCUUCGUCGACACGAAACUGGCAGGGGCACUGAUGAACUGGCUGUCGCCCCGCCUGGAAAGCUGCGGAGGUGACGACUUGUCGGCGUUGGCCUACUCACUUUCACGUGCGGAUGUGGCCAAAGGUGCUCACAGGAGCUUCUUCCGGGCCCUGCAGGACGAGGUGCCGCGGCGCCUUGCCGUGGGGGAGCUCAGUGCCAAGGAAUCGGCAAGCCUCCUAGUCAGCUUCUCGCAGGCUGGCUUCCUGGAUCCGGACGACGGCCAAGCAAGGCAGCUAGUGAAGCGACUGUCAGCAGUCGUUGCGAGGUCACCCCACGUUUUGAAUGGCCAGUGGCUGGCACUUUCGGUUCCCUGCCUCAGCCUGUUUGCCGCUGACAACAGGGAGCUGCUCGACCUGCUCUCAGACCGGGCCACCCAGCUGGCACCCAUGCUGUCACCCAGGCAGUUGGCACGGCUGGCAGUGGGCUUCGGCGAGGGCCAGGUCAAGGCAAAGCCACUUUGGCAGUCCUUGACAAGAGAAGCCUUGGCGCGCGCCUCGGCCUUCUCCGCGCCCGACGUCUUGCGUAUUCUGGCCGGCUUCGAUGCGGCGAACGUCCAGCAUCCAGGUUUGCUGAAAGCUUUCUGGGCGCUUGCAGCUGAAAAACAGGCAAAGUACCUGGUCGAGGAGCUGCUGGCCCUGAUGCAGCUGUGGCCUCGUCUCCCAAGCACCUUGCGCCCGGCAGAGCUGCCGGACUCACUGAUGAGAAGCUUGCGUGCACGGCUGGAGAAGGGCAGCAGGGGAGUCGGCUGGCACAUGCCGGCGGAACUGGCGGCAGAGCUCAUCGAGUGGCUCCCUGCCAGCAGAGCGCUCACGGGCCGUGGCAUGGAUGGGCGCCUUGUUCGGGCGGCCAUGGCGCAGCUGCCGCGGCAGCUGCAGUCCGCUGCGCCAGCGCUGCGAGAGAGGCUGCUGGCCGCCUUGACCCUCACAGACGAAGACAUUCUGACAAAAGCCCGCAACGAGGUGAAGACAGAGGCGCUCCAGCGAGUCUUGGCGACGGUGGCAGAGGACCUCCUCCCGACUGAUCGGCUGGCAACCCGCAAGCUUGCUGCAGACACGGCCUUCGGCUGUGCUGCCUUGGGUUUCGAUGGACCGGCGCUGCGCAGUCUGCUCGGUGAGCUUUUGGAAAACAUGGACGUCGAGGUGCAGCUGGCGGCCAAGGUCUGCUGGGCCUGCGCAGAGGUUCGAAUGCACGCGGGUGCUGCACGGGCAAUGAUCUCUCGAAUGGUAGCCACGGCAGAGGCUUCGCCGGCGAGUGAGAUAGCGGACAAAGUAAGCUUUCUGCGCCUUGCGUGGGCACUCCUGGCACUCGAGGGUGCAGAGUCCGAACUCCGGCCGCUGCUUGCUGCUGGCGACGCAGACGGCGCAUGGGCCCCAGUGGCCCUGCAAGAGUUCUCGCAUGGCACGGCCCAUCGAUUCCAUGAAAACUCACUGCCUUUGCUUGCCGCUGCAAUGUGGAUGCGAAACGCAAUCUUGCAGUCGGCAUCCAGCAAGAGGCCCUGGGCCCAAUGGACCUUCGUCCACUGCAGCAGCUGUGCUGGCACCAGUGUGGGCCUCGUGCUGCCGACUUGCGGCACCGCAAAUCACAGAAUCCACGCGUUCGUGCGUUUUGAUAUGGCGCCGGCCUCUGGAGCGCUGGAGGGCGAGUUCGAAGAGGUUUCACGUGCAGCGGAGGCUUUGAAGCAGCAGGUGAAGUCCUCUGUGCAGCAGCUUGAAUCUAGCUAUGCAGCGCUUCGGCAGCGUGCCGAAGCAGCGCAUGAAGCCUCGCAGCAGGGCCUCAGUGCGGCCGCAGCUCGGCACGAGCGCCUGGCGGCUUUGCGCCGGCAGUGCGAAGAAAUCGCUCAGCGGCUGGAGCAGGGCGGCUCGUUUGAAGUCGGCGCUGCAGCCUUGGAGGCCUCCGCCUCUCGCGAAGCGGUACCUGAGGAGGCCGUCUGCAAGUGCCCCAAUGUCAGCGAGACUGAGAGCUGCAAGGUGCCUGUCAGACAUGCUGACUCAGACGGCUCGACUGCGGGCUUGGACAGACGGCAGGCAGACAGCCUUCAGGCGGACAGCCAACAGGCAGACAGCCAUAUGGCGGAGAAGCUUCAAUGCCAAACCGCAGAGGCAAAAGUAGAAGCCAAAGCAGUGGCCAAGAAGGAGUCCAAAGGAAAGAAGGGCAAGAAACAGGAAGGUGUCGAGCCAGUUCUCCCCGAGGACACCGCGUCCCGGCAACCCGAGGCUGCAGAGUCAAAUUCAGCGGAGGCCAGUGCGGAUGCGAAGCCAAAGAAAGCUCCGCAGAACUUGAACAAGAAGGACCGCAAGCAGGCUGCCGACAAGGUCAAGAAGGCCGCCGUCGAGAAGGCGAAAGCUGCGGCAAAGCAAAAGGAGACUGAGGAAAAGGAGCAAGCCAAGGCCCGAAAGGCCGAAGAAGAGAGGAUACGCAAGGAGGAGGAGGCUGAGCGCAGACAGCGCGAGGCUGAGGCAGAAGCCGAAGCUGCGGCGCGGGCCGAAGCUGAGCAGGCUGAGCAGGCUCCGCCAGCAGUGGAGUCGGGCGCAUCACCCCGGAGAGAGGAGGAAUUCGAAGAUCCAGAAGAGAUCGAGGAAGCCGAGGAGCUGAAGGAGGACGACAUCGACGUCGAGGAGGGAGAUUCGCAGCCUCAGUUUUCCAGCGGCUAUCAGGACGGCACAGCCCUGGCGGCUGCGGCGCUUAAGCUCAACCCGGAUCCGGCGUCAUCGGAGUCAAAGCAGCAAGGUCCUCUCAGCUGGUCCGCAGUCGCCACGCAGCGCAUCUGCUGGAUCGCAUGGGCGGCCGCCGCAGACAGAGGCAGAGAAGAUGCUAUCAGGCCUACUGCAGCAUCUUCGAAUUCCCCAUGUAGUCGCUUCCCCUGCCGCAGUGCCAGGUCUGGUUUCCGGAGCAGAGCGCUGUGCUGGAACUGGAGCAUGGGGAUGCGAAAUGUGCAGGGGGACAUGGCACUGGAGCCGUCAAACACCAUCAACCGCCUAUCAGACCUAACAUGGGCGCAGGAGCAGCUUGGUGACCGCCUUGCAGGGGGUGGGCUCUCUGGCACCGCACAUCUGAGGCGUCGUCAGCUUCGCGAGGCAGGUUUGAAGGUCCUUGCCUUCGAUCCUUCCGUCUUCCGCGGCGCCUCGCAGCUCAGCAAACUGCGCGCAGUGGCAAAGGUUGUGGCUCCCUCCUGUCCAGAGGCGGCGGUUUGGCUUCGCAGUGGCGAGGCUCAGGACCUGCAGCUGACAACGGGCACGUCCUCGCCAGGUCCAAACCUGGUGCCAGAGGAUGCUUGA